CACACUUCAAGGCCACCGUUGGCUGGCAGGGCUGGCAGGUCACCGUGGGCCGUCACUGGGCCCCAUGAGAUUUCACACUGCACGCCUCCCAGGCCGUCAGGGCCACCCAGGCUGGCUUGCUCCCCUCUCCUGGUGCCCAAGGCCUGGGUUAAACAUUAGUGGGAGGUUAUCAGCCGGGCCCGGGGCGGGAGAGGGUAGUUACACUUUCACCGCGUCCGCUCUGCGGGAGCCACCGUCCCCACCGGGCUGGACGAUGCCUGUGGAGGAGUUUGUGGCCGGCUGGAUCUCCGGAGCACUGGGCUUGGUGCUGGGACACCCCUUCGACACUGUGAAGGUGCGGCUACAGACCCAGAGCACCUACCGAGGCAUCAUCGACUGUACGGUCAAGACUUACCGCCAUGAGUCGAUCCUGGGCUUCUUCAAGGGCAUGAGCUUCCCCAUCGCCAGCAUAGCCGUGGUCAACUCGGUCCUGUUCGGGGUCUACAGCAACGCCCUGCUGGCGCUCACGGCCACCUCCCACCACGAGCGGCGCCUCCAGCCGCCCAGCUACACGCACGUCUUCAUAGCCGGCUGCACCGGGGGCUUCCUCCAGGCCUACUGCUUGGCCCCUUUUGACCUCAUCAAAGUUCGGCUACAAAACCAGACAGAGCCAAGGGCGCGGCACGGGGGCCCCCCACCCCGGUACCGGGGGCCCGUGCACUGUGCGGCCUCCAUCUUCCAGGAGGAGGGGCCGCGGGGGCUGUUCCGGGGAGCCUGGGCUCUGACGCUGAGGGACACCCCCACACUGGGCAUCUACUUCGUCAGCUAUGAAUGGCUCUGUCGCCAAGCCACGCCAGACGGCCAGAACCCCACUACGAGUACCUCCUCCACUUGUGGGGAUGAGGCUGCACAGGCGCUGCCCGCAGCUCCCCAGGCGGGAGGGACCGCCACCCACCUGCCCAGGUCGGAGGCCAAGUCGAAAGCACCAGGUUGAGAUUUCAUUGCGGGACUCUCAGCCUUCCUGUCGAGGCGCCUCCCAGCCUGGAAGGUGCAGAUGGGCUGGGAGGUGGUGAGGAGCAGGCCCCGCCCCCGUCCUGAUUCCUUCGUAAACAACUGCCUUAAGCGGUGGUGCUGGAGACGUCCCGCCACCCUGUGACUUUACCCUCCACCUGCCGGGCUGCUAACUCUGCCCUGGAUUCCAGGGCGGCGCCCUCAGCCGCCUCCCACCCCAUCUCCUUUCCCACCUCCUCCCCCUGACUCAAGUGUGGCCUUUACACCUCCUGCUGUCCACAUCCUUCAGUGACUCCCACCCCCUCCAGGGAAAAGCCCGAACUCCACCCCUCCUGAUGGGGCACCGCCCUCCUCCAGCUCUCCUCUCUCGCAGCAGCUUCAGCAGCCCCGCCCUGCCCCAGCACAAGCUGUGCCCCUCAUCACCCCCAGCCUGGAAGGUCUAGUCCCUCCCGGCCAACACUGGGCAUUGCCAAGGGGUGACUCCAUCAUCCCUCUGGCUGGGCCCCUCCCAGACCCAGACUGAGCUCUGUCUCCUGGUCCCUCCUCGGCUCCCCAGGCUGACUUUGGGGUCUGCAGAUCACCUUGACCACGGCCCCAACUGUGUCCUGGUGGCCAGUUGACUUCUCAGCUUCCCCAUUAAACGGGGAGCUCCUCGAGGCAGGGGUCGCACAUCUGAUCAUUUCCCAGCUCGGAGCCUGUGCUCAGAGCAGCCCAGUGAAUGGCUGCUGAAGGCAGUGGCAUUGCGCUAACUCCAAGCACCCCACUUGCUUCCGUGGUCCUGCCCCCCUACCCCCACCCCCGCCAGCCCCUCACUGAGAGCUGUGAGUGUGCCAGCAGCAGGGUGCCUGCCUAGCCUUUCCCAUCCGUAGCACAAGCUUUCUUUACUUGUCUCAGUUGCCCAGUGGGCAUGAAAACUGGCGGAGGGUUUCUUUAACUGGCAAUAAAGCUGAGCAGGGUUUGUA